UCUUGUGCCUCCUGCCAGGCACGAUGACCUCAAGGAGAUGCUGGACACCAACAAGGACUCACUCAAGCUGGAGGCCAUGAAGAGAAUCGUGGCGAUGAUUGCCCGUGGGAAGAAUGCUUCAGACCUGUUUCCCGCUGUGGUGAAGAACGUGGCCUGUAAGAACAUAGAGGUGAAGAAGCUCGUCUACGUGUACCUGGUGCGCUAUGCCGAGGAACAGCAAGACCUGGCCCUGCUGUCCAUCUCCACCUUCCAGCGCGGCCUCAAGGAUCCCAACCAGCUGAUCCGCGCCAGCGCCCUGCGCGUGCUCUCCAGCAUCCGGGUGCCCAUCAUAGCGCCCAUCAUGAUGCUGGCCAUCAAGGAGGCCGCCUCGGACAUGUCUCCCUAUGUGCGGAAAACAGCUGCCCAUGCCAUCCCCAAACUCUACAGUUUGGACUCUGACCAGAAGGACCAACUGAUAGAAGUCAUCGAGAAGCUGCUGGCGGACAAGACCACGCUGGUGGCGGGCAGCGUGGUGAUGGCGUUUGAGGAGGUGUGCCCCGAGCGCAUUGACCUGAUUCACAAAAACUACCGCAAGCUGUGCAACCUGCUGAUCGACGUGGAGGAGUGGGGGCAGGUGGUCAUCAUCAGCAUGCUCACCCGCUACGCGCGCACGCAGUUCCUGAGCCCCACGCAGAACGAGUCCCUGCUAGAGGAGAGUCCGGAGAAAGCCUUCUACGGCUCUGAGGAGGACGAGGCCAAGGGUCCAGGGUCGGGAGAGGCGGCCACCGCCGCGCUGCCCGCCCGCAAACCCUACGUCAUGGACCCGGACCACCGGCUGCUGCUGCGCAACACGAAGCCGCUGCUGCAGAGCCGCAGCGCCGCGGUGGUCAUGGCGGUGGCGCAGCUCUACUUCCACCUGGCGCCCAAGGCCGAGGUGGGCGUCAUCGCCAAGGCGCUGCUGGAAGUGCUGACCAACCUGGCCAACGAGACCAACAUCCCUACUGUCCUGCGGGAGUUCCAGACCUACAUCCGCAGCAUGGACAAAGACUUCGUGGCUGCUACGAUCCAGGCCAUUGGCCGCUGUGCAACCAACAUCGGCCGAGUCCGAGACACCUGCCUCAAUGGUUUGGUGCAGCUCCUGUCCAACCGCGAUGAGCUUGUGGUGGCAGAGUCGGUGGUGGUCAUUAAGAAGCUGCUGCAGAUGCAGCCGGCACAGCACGAGGAGAUCAUCAAACACUUGGCGAAGCUCACAGACAACAUCCAGGUGCCCAUGGCCCGAGCCAGCAUCCUGUGGCUCAUUGGGGAGUACUGUGAACACGUCCCCAAGAUCGCACCUGAUGUGCUGAGGAAAAUGGCCAAGUCGUUCACGGCAGAGGAGGACAUCGUCAAGCUGCAGGUCAUCAACCUGGCGGCCAAGCUCUACCUGACCAACUCGAAGCAGACCAAGCUGCUGACCCAGUACGUGCUGAGUCUAGCCAAGUACGACCAGAACUACGACAUCCGAGACCGGGCGCGCUUCACCCGGCAGCUCAUUGUCCCUUCGGAGCAGGGCGGGGCCUUCAGCCGCCAUGCCAAGAAGCUCUUCCUGGCCCCCAAGCCGGCCCCGGUCUUAGAGUCAUCUUUCAAAGAUCGAGACCACUUCCAGCUGGGCUCUCUGUCCCACCUGCUCAACGCCAAGGCCACGGGCUACCAGGAGCUCCCAGACUGGCCGGAGGAAGCCCCAGACCCGUCAGUGCGGAAUGUGGAGGAAGAAGACCUCUCCCUUAUUGAGACACGCGUGGGCCUGCUGGGCGGAUACACCGAGGUGCCCGAGUGGACCAAGUGCUCGAGCCGGGAGAGGAGGAAGGAGAAGGAGAAGCCCUUUUACUCCGACUCCGAGGGGGAAUCUGGCCCCACCGAGUCUGCAGACAGCGAGCCUGAGUCUGAGAGCGAGUCAGACAGCGAGAGUGGCUCCGGGGCAUCCAGCAGUGAGUCGGACAACGAAGACCAGGACGAGGACGAGGAGGAGGACAAAGGGAGAGGCAGUGCGAGCGAACAGAGUGAGGGCGAGGGAGAAAAGACGAAGAAGAGGAAGAAGGGGUCCGAGGGCGCCGGAGAAGGCUCUUCCUCCGACGAUGACAGCGACUCCAGCAGCGACUCCUCAGAGUCCGAGGAGACGUCAGAGACAGAGGAGGAGCAGGCAGAAGCCGCCGCAUGGAGGAGGAAAACACCCCCCAGCAGCAAAAGCACCCCUGCAGCCAAGGAGAUCUCCCUGCUUGAUCUGGAGGACUUCACGCCUCCCAGCGUCCAGCCUGUGUCUCCCGCCACGGUUGUGUCUGCCAGUCUGGUUGCUGACCUUGAGGGCCUGACGCUCACAGACUCCUCUCUGGUGCCCUCGCUGCUGAGCCCGGUGUCCAGCGCAGGAAGGCAGGAGCUGCUGCACCGCGUGGCCGGCGAGGGCCUGGCUGUGGACUACGCCUUCAGCCGCCAGCCUUUCUCCGGGGACCCGCACAUGGUGUCUGUGCACAUCUAUUUCUCCAACAGCUCCGACACACCCAUUCGGGGGCUGCGUGUGGGCACCCCCAAACUGCCUGCUGGCAUCAGCAUCCAGGAAUUUCCAGAAAUCGAGUCGCUGGCACCUGGAGAGUCUGCAACGGCUGUCCUGGGCAUUAAUUUCUGCGAUUCCACCCAAGCUGCCAACUUCCAGCUGUGCACCCAGACCCGACAGUUCUACGUCUGCAUUCAGCCUCCCGUUGGGGAGCUGAUGGCCCCUGUGUUCAUGAGUGAGAACGAGUUCAAGAAGGAGCAGGGAAAGCUGAUGGGCAUGAACGAGAUCACAGAGAAGCUGGUGCUGCCGGACUGCUGCUGGAGCGACCACGCCGUGGUGCAGCGGGUGACCGCCACCGCCCACCUGGGCCGCGUGCCCUGCGGGACCUCGGAGGAGUACAGGUUUGCAGGCCGGACGCUGAGCAGCGGAAGCCUGGUCCUGCUCACUCUGGACGCCCGGCCGGCGGGAGCUGCCCAGCUCACCGUCAACAGCGAGAAGAUGGUGAUAGGCACCAUGCUGGUGAAGGAUGUGAUUCAGGCUCUGACCCAGUGAUG